GGGCUGCGGCGGCCGCGGGAGGUGAGGCGCCUGGGCGCAUGCGCAUGAGGUUCCACGUGAGCGCCUGCGUUUCUUCUCAAACUCAACGAUGCCGCCGGAACGGAGGAGCCGAACGAAACCGGGCCGGAGCACCGGAGCGAAGCCGGAUCGGAAGAUUCGAAUGAAGCCAGAACGGAGAGCCUCUGCGGCGACGGGCGGGCCGCCCCGAAAGGCUGCCCCUUCAUCCCAGCGGAAAGCGCCGGCCCGGCCGAGCGCGGCGGCCGCGGCGAUGGCAGUCGCGGCGGCGGAGGAAGAGAGACUGCUCCGGCAGCGCAACCGCCUGACGCUGGAGGACGACAAGCCGGACGCGGAGCGGUGUCUGGAGGAGCUGGUCUUCGGCGACGCGGAGGACGACGAGGACGCGCUGCUGCGGCGCCUGCGGGGCCCGCCGGUUCAAGUUCAUGAAGACUCUGGUGACUCGGAAGUGGAAAAUGAAGCGAAAGGUGAUCUGCCUCGAAAGAAGCCAGUGUGGGUGGACGAAGAAGAUGAAGAUGAGGAAAUGGUUGACAUGGUGAACAAUCGGUUUCGGAAAGAUAUGAUGAAAAAUGCAAGUGAAAGUAAACUUUCCAAAGACAAACUUCAGAAGAGACUUAAAGAGGAAUUCCAGCAUGCCAUGGGGGGCGUACCUGCCUGGGCAGAGAAUAAGAAGCGGAAAACAUCUUCAGAUGAUGAAAGUGAAGAUGAAGAUGAUUUGUUGCAAAGGACUGGAAAUUUCAUAUCCACAUCAGCUUCUCUUCCAAGAGGAAUCUUGAAGAUAAAGAACUGCCAGCAUGCCAAUGCUGAACGGCCUACUACUGCUCAGAUCACAUCUGUGCAGUUCCAUCCUCGUGCCCAGGUUGUGAUGGUUGCUGGGUUAGACAAUGCCAUAUCACUGUUUCAGGUUGAUGGAAAAACAAAUCCUAAAAUCCAGAGCAUCUAUUUGGAAAAGUUUCCGAUCUUUAAGGCUUGUUUCAGUGCUAGUGGAGAAGAGGUUCUAGCCACAAGCACACACAGCAAAGUUCUUUAUGUCUAUGAUAUGCUAGCUGGCAAGUUAAUUCCUGUGCAUCAAGUACGAGGUUUGAAAGAGAAGAUAGUAAGGAGCUUUGAAGUCUCCCCAGAUGGGUCCUUCUUGCUCAUAAAUGGUGUUGCUGGAUAUUUUCAUUUGCUGUCAAUGAAGACCAGAGAACUGAUUGGUAGCAUGAAAAUUAAUGGAAGAGUUGCAGCAUCCACGUUCUCUUCAGAUAGUAAGAAAAUAUUCGCCUCUUCAGGCGAUGGAGAAGUGUAUGUUUGGGAUGUGAACUCUAGGAAGUGCCUCAACAGAUUUGUUGAUGAGGGUAGUUUAUAUGGAUUAAGCAUUGCCACAUCUAGGAAUGGACAGUAUGUGGCGAGUGGUUCCAGUUGUGGAGUCGUUAACAUAUACAGCCAAGAUUCUUGUCUCCAAGAAACGAACCCAAAGCCAAUCAAAGCUAUAAUGAACUUGGUGACAGGUGUUUCUUCUAUGGCCUUCAAUCCUACUACAGAAAUCUUGGCAAUUGCUUCGGAAAAAAUGAAAGAAGCAGUCAGACUGGUUCACCUUCCUUCCUGUACGGUAUUUUCAAACUUUCCAGUUGUUAAAAAGAAUAUUUCUCAUGUUCACACCCUGGAUUUUUCUCCCAGAAGUGGGUACUUUGCCUUGGGGAAUGAGAAAGGCAAGGCCCUGAUGUACAGGUUGCACCAUUACUCAGACUUCUAAAGAGAUUCUUUGAAGUCCAGUUGAAGCCCAAGAGAAGCCUGUCCUGUUACAUCUUUUCAGAAACUUUCCUGACUGUGGUACUGCAGGGAUAAUGAUUAACAGAGUCAGCUGUGCUUAAGUUAGUGGCAGUGCCUUAAUAAACACAUGGCGGCUUUUGU